UCUCUCUUUCCAGCCUUGAAUGAGCCUACCAUCGACUACGGCUUCCAGAGGCUACAGAAGGUCAUCCCCAGACACCCAGGAGAUCCCGAGAGGUUACCUAAGGUCAGUGACACGCCUCAUAGGACACCAAGGAGUACAGCAUCCCCUGUUGUUACUCCAAAGACCACCCAGACUAUAUUGACUUCAGACUGCCAAAUAUCUGAGUUUAUAGAGGGCAAACCAGAUUUGUUAGAUUGGAUUAAUUUGUUCCACUCAAUAUGGACCUGGCCUUAAGAACACAGUCCGAUGCCAAGGGGCAUAUUGUUCUGAUAACUUGUACAAUUGGAAACAGGUGUUUAUGGGAUGUUGUAUUGGUGUUGUAGAGUUUGAGGCAGUGUUUCUGGUCUGGUUAUUUUUAGGUUUGAGGAAGCAACAAACAUGCAUAUGCAAAGUCACUGCUUAUACAAAUAUAUCCGCAUUCCAUGCACACAUGUAGACACACAUAGACAGAGUUUACAAAACAUGACAUAGACUGACCAGGUGAAUCCAGGUGAAAGCUAUGAUCCCUUAUUGAUGUCACCUGUUAAAUCCACUUCAAUCAGUGUAGAUGAAGGGGAGGAGACAGGUUGAAGAAGGAUUUUUAAGCCUUGAGACAAUUGAGACAUGGAUUGUGUAUGUGUGCCAUUCAGAGGGUGAAUGGGCAAGACAAAACAUUUAAGUGCCUUUGAACGGGGUAUGGUAGUAGGUGCCAGGUGCACCAGUUUGUGUCAAGUACUGCAACGCUGCUGGGUUUUUUCACGCUAAAAAUAGUUUCCCGUGUUUAUCAAGAAUGGGCCACCACCCAAAGGACAUCCAGUCAACUUGACACAACUCUGGGAUGAAUUGUAGUUAACAUGGGCCAGCAUCCCUGUGGAACGCUUUCAACACCUUGUAGUCCAUGCCCUGACAAAUUCAGUCUGUUCUGAGGGCAAUAUUAGGAAGGUGUUCCUAAUGUUUUGUACACUCAGUGUAGACGCACGCAAGCACGCACACAUUAUGCAGGGUCAAGAACACAGGCAGCCGUCAAGUGCCCUGGGCGGUUUGCCGCCUGGUUAGUACGAAAAUAUUAUUUCCCCCCUAAAAAGGUGCACCAUUAAAUGAGUGAGAUUGUUUUGGGCAGGGAACUGCUGUAAAGAGGGAUACGAUCAGAUGGGGCCUGACAGUCUAAAGCAGCUGCCAAAUUGAAACCAUUUAUCAAAAUCUGACAUCUGAGAUCCAGUCACCAAAAAAGCAGUUUAUUUGUAAAUUGAUACUAUUAGUGAGCAUACAUUGUCUGGCCCCUUUGAUGCCCUGAUUUGUGGCGGAGGGAGAAUGUCCCUAUCAGCCGUUAUAUAUUUAUUUAUUCAAAAGAAAACUCAAUAAGCAUAUAGAUUUUCCUCCGUCUUCUCUUCAGCCGCGAGCUUUCCCGACAUUUUAGAUAGAAGGAAAUAACAACAAGACUAACACGUAAAAGCUUGCCAUUCGUGAAGUACCUCAUUGCUCUCACCCAAUGUGGCUUGUCAGGACAGACUCACACGGUCACUCUGAACAGUAACGCUGACCUUUCAUCCCUUUGUUAUCCUCUCUCCUUUGCUUUUCUUGUAGGACAGAAAGGUUGGCCAGGACCGUUAGUAGAAUCUCUUAGGCAGGGAGCAAAGCAACCCCAAGCUACAGUCAGAGGCUAUAGGCACCAAAACCUGUUAUUGGAACCAAUUGAAGUCAAAUUGAAGUAAUGUUUUAAGCAGGAAGCAACAGAGCAAUUCUUGAAGGGUGGGAAUAAUGGGGAUUCCAUGUAAAUAAUGAUAGGGGAAAACACUGCCUGUUGGUUUUUGGUGUUUUCCUUUGUAGCUGAGAAACCCCAUUUGAGUGAUUAGAUUAGGAGGUUGGCAGCCACACAUCUCCAACGAGUCGGUCUCAGAGCUGGAACCCUAGCCUCAGUGAGCUGGAACCCUAGCCUCAGUGAGCUGGAACCCUCAGUGAUGGACAGACAGACCAGACCAGGGCUAAAGCAUGGCCAACUGGUCACUGAUGACCUCAGAGGCUGGGACUGGAUCAGUUCGCCUCUAAUUUCAUUUCCAGUCUGCCUUGGCUGCAAGCGGACACUUCCCAGUCCAGAUCUAUGGAGGAUAUGUGGUUUAAGCUCUAGCCUCUCCUUAUUGCUCAGCAUGGGAGGCAGCAGCAUAUUUGCGAGCGGCGCUCCGUUCCAGGAUCUUUGCGGUAGAAGACCCAUUCCCAGGUCACGGCAAGUUUAACGGCCUAUGAAUCCUCUUAAAUAGACACCUGGAUGGUGAUGCGUUCCUUACAUGUGGAGGGCCUAUUUUCCUAAGAUACGGCCAUACGGGAGGCCUGUUUUGAUACAGAGCAGACAAACAAAUGGAGACUGAGCUAAAAAGCUGACCGAGGUGAAGAGUUUGCUGUCUUGUCGGCCAAAAUGUGUUAACGGCUGAAAAAGCAUGUUCUGGCCUUAUAUGAUAUCUGAGACUAGAUGUGUUUACCACCUGUUUGGCCAUUACAUUUGAAUCAACUGCCAGGGUUAAGGGGCAAUUCUAUUCAAUGCAAUGUUAGUGCUGGGCUGUAACAAAAUCCUGCACUCCCUAUAGCUAGUCCAGGACCUGUGCUGUUAGUUUGCGCCCCUAAUCUACACUGAACAAAAAUAGAAACGCAACAACAAAAGUGUUGGUCCCAUGUUUCAUGAGCUAAAAAAAAAAAUUCCCAGAAAUGUUCAUGAUGCACAAAAAGCUUAUUUCUCUAAAAUUUUGUGCACACAUUUUUUUACAUUCCUGUUAGUGAGCAUUUCUCCUUUGCCAAGACAAUCCAUCCGCCUGACAGGUGUGGCAUAUCAAGAAGCUGAUUAAACAGCUUGAUCAUUACACAGGUGCACAAUAAAAGGCCACUUUAAAAUGUGCAGUUUUGUCACACAGCACAAUGCAACAGAUCUCAAGUUUUGCAAUUGCCAUGCUGACUGCAGGAAUGUCCACCAGAGCUGUUGCCAGAGAAUUUAAUGUUAAUUGCUCUACCAUAAGCUGCCUCCAACGUAGUUUUAGAGAAUUUGGCAGUACAUCCAACCGCAGACUACGUGUAACUACGCCAGCACAGGACCUCUACAUCCUGCUUCAUCACCUGUGGGAUCAUUUGGGGGGGUGGGGGGGGGGGGGGGGGUUUACCCCUGCCCAGUCAUGUGAAAUCCAUAGAUUAGGGCCUAAUGAAUUCAUUUCAAUUGACUGAUUUCCUUAUAUGAACUGUAACUCAGUAAAAUCUUUAAGAUUGUUGCAUGUUGCGUUUAUAUUUUUGUUCAGUGUAGAUUAUAUACUGAAGAGAUCAGUGGCAUAGGGUGGUAGCAGUAGCUAGAGGUACAGUUUUCACUCCCUUUGUGUUGUAGCUAGGUGACUACGGGGCGGCUGUGCAGAGCCAGGCUAGGAGUGAUUUAUCAUUGUUAAGGGACCUGUCGGAAGGCUUCUUCUCCCGGGUCAGCUGAUCCCUUCUCUCUGGGAACCUCGCGAACCAGGGAGCCAUCCUCCCAUAAUUGAGCUCCUGGAAAGCAAUGGAAGAAAAUAGGGAAAAAAGAUGGAAUAUGUCUGGAGACAGACGCAAGGAGGACUGGGGCGUUGGUGGCCAGGGGCAGGGGCUGGGGCUCAGGGGGGUUGGGUUAGGUGAGAUGGGUAGAAGAGUUACGGGGAGAGAUUUUGUCAUGUUCAGUCCAGUGUUUGAUAAGGAGGAUGCAGUUCAACUACAUGUAGUAUGAUAAAGGCACAUUCUAUAACAUUUCCACAUGAAAAUAGCACUUAUUAAUAUCUUUCUGUAAUAGUAAAGAGAUACAAUUCCUUGAGAUAAAUACUAUUUUGUAUUGUCGCUAAAAUGUUAUAUAGUACUGCACAUUAAAAGGAGCACUGAGAGGAAGGGACAUAGGCUGGGUUUCCAGUCGAUAGGUUAUGAAUUGUAAUUCAAUUUAUAGAUUCGGAAAUUCAACUCAUGAAUUGGGGAGAAAAAAAUCCCCAACGAAAAUGAUGGCCAUUUUCAAACACAUGAAUCAAAUUGGAAUUCAUUUCCUCAAUCGACCUGACUUGAAGAUGACCCCAGUCAGUUCAGGAUAGAGGUAUUCUAUCAUUCCUACUCUUUCAUAUCGUUCUUCUUGUGAGUUAUUCCACCUGGAGCUCUGAAGUACCCUAAAGAGACGUUCACUCGCUAGAUGUGUGGUCUGUCGCUCCAGAAUACUGUAUGUGCCUUCCCCUCUUGGCCUGGAUACAGAUGAGAGCAUGGAGCAUGGUGGAUGAAAUGAUUUCCCCUUCUGUCUGAAGUAAUAAAAGAGAGACAUACACUAGCUAAAACCUGUUUUUCCCCCCGGUGUAUGGUAGAAAGGGCUUUAAAGUCAUCAGUGUAGAGGUUUCCAGGAUAGAGGCUGGGAACAGACUAUUCCUACUCACACAUAGGGAGGGAGUCCCUUGUAGGGUCAACUUCUCAUCCCUUACUGGCACUUGACCCGUUGAGGAUGGAGGAGAGGAUGCUCCUUUCCAUCCGUCCUGUCCUCCGCCAAGUCCCUUCUCCUUCCCCCUUCAUGGUGUUUAGGUGCUCUCUCUCUCUCUCUCUCUCUCUCUCUCUCUCUCUCUCUCUCUCUCUCUCUCUCUCUCUCGCUCUCUCUCUCUCUCUCUCUCUCUCUCUCUCUCUCUCUCUCUCUCUCUCUCUCUCUGUGUGUGUGUGUGUGGGCAAAGUGCUUGCAUGCUAAUGUGUGUAUGUAUGCUUGCAUGCAUGUGUGUGUAUGCGUUCUGUGUGUUUAUGUGUGUAGUGUUUGUAUGUAGCGUGUAAAGGCUGUCGGGGCGUCCUAGAGUGUCGUAGCUAGGGAAUGUGCUGAGCAGUACAGGGAGAGCAUAGCCCCUUAUUAAUAGAGGACACACAAUGACUUUUAGUGUGCCUGCGGUCUGCACUGCCACUACACACACUGAAAGCUAAUAAGACCCGGGACAGUUGUUCUGUAUGCUGAAAGUAUACCAUUAUAGGCAGGCUGCAUGUACUCUGUCUGUACAUUACUCCUCCAUAGUUAGAUUUCAGUCUAUGUCCAUUUGUUAUUGCUUUAUUACUUUAGUAUCCUAGAGUAUUUAGUGAAUUUAUCAAGCAAUUUUCACUUUCAGUGAAUCUUUCAACCCUUGCAUAUUCCAUGUUUGAUGUUUAUUCAUAUUGCAAAUGGGUAACUUCAAGAAUCAAGAUAUUACCGUUAUAUUUCAUUCAAGUGACACUUACACUUUAUACUAGCACUAAACCAGCAUUUUACACACAAUGGACACUUCCAUAGUAUCUUCAUCUGCCGAAUCCUUCAGAUCAUUGGCUGAGGUGAUUAUUGAAUGAGCCAUCACGCUGCUUCUAUCCAUCCAUCCCUCUAUCCCUCCAUCCAUCCCUCCCUCCAUCCCCCCUCUCUCCCCUCUCCCCUCAGAGGUGUGGGCCAGUGAUAAGAGAUUAUGAUGAUAACUGGGAGGCAGUGCAUUACCGUAUUGAUUGGGGCAGAGCUUUCAGCGGCGUUAAAGCACCCGUGCUCUGAUUGCCGGCACUUGCGCUGACAGGAAUCCAAUGGCGCUGUCUCUCCUCGUCGCUAUAGGGAGGGGUGUGUGUUCAUGUGUGGGUAUAUGGGUGUAUGGGUGAUGGGAGGGUGGGAUGUAUGUGUGUGUAAGGGAGGGGGGGUUUAUGAGUGUGAAUGUGGAUAUGUGUGUGUGUGUGGUUCAAGGCAGUGCAACGGCCAUCUCUCACCUCCACACACACAUGCCUCCCACCCCCACCCCAACAGCUACAGGACCACAAGGCCCAGGCAUAGAUAACCCUCACUGUUAUGUCACAAAGUGCUGUGAUGUAUUUUCAAUGGUCCAAGUCAAGUAACAUGAAAUGAAAUGAGGUUCUCAGAACAGAUGGCCUGUUCUUAGUUGGUUAUCUAAAGGUUCUCAGAACAGACGGCUUGUUCUUAGUUGGUUAUCUAAAGGUUCUCAGAACAGACGGCCUGUUCUUAGUUGGUUAUCUAAAGGUUCUCAGAACAGACGGCUUGUUCUUAGUUGGUUAUCUAAAGGUUCUCAGAACAGAUGGGUGGUUCUUAGUUGGUUAUCUAAAGGUUCUCAGAACAGACGGCCUGUUCUUAGUUGGUUAUCUAAAGGUUCUCAGAACAGACGGCCUGUUCUUAGUUGGUUAUCUAAUUGUUGUUAUUGUCUGGAGAUAAUUAGCUAAAUCCAUGGUAGAUUAGUGAGCUGAGGAAUUUCUGUACAUAACGAAGUGCUUCAUUUAUUCUGCUAUAAUACUCUGGAGAAUGUACUCCAAGGAGUAUUUUCUUUGCAUUUGUUUUCGAGAUUGGGGUUAUUUACGGGGUUGUUCUUAGAAACUGCCCGCACACUUCAAACAAUUGAACGCACACACACACACACACGCACACACGCGCACAUGCACACACGCACACACACACAAACACACGCAAAACGAAGCAGAGUAGCACCAACGAGGCCUCGAAGGCGUUGUUACCUUGAGAAGGCUGUUGUGUCUGUCACUGCCUAAUGAAAAUACAAGGAGAGACCGACUGUGGCAAACACACACACACACACCAGUGUGUAGAGGCAGGAAUGUGUGUGUAUGUGUCUAUGUUUGUGGGUUUGAGGCAUCUGGGGCGGGAGGGGGUUGCCAAAGUUCCCUGUGGCAGGCAGGGUGUUGCAACCGCCAAGCCUCAGAGACAUUAACUAACUUCUGUUUUAUAAUGGAGAUUAAUGAAGCGAGUACAUGCCAGAGGGGGAGAGGAGAGGAGAGACGAUAAGAGGAGAGAGGAGGAGAGGAGGAGAGGAGGGGUCCGAGAUACACUCCUCACAGGGGUAUAGCGUUUGGCAGUGCCAAGGUGUGACAGAUUGUGCCCUCUCUCAGUGGAUAGGGACGGGUGACGGGGUUCAGGCGUAGAUCUGGGGGUGGGGUGGAGAUUGACAGGAGCUGAAACGAGAGCUGUAUUGCUUGGUUGCUGUGGGGGUGGCGGUGUGUGUGUGUCUGUGUGACUGUGUGCCUGCAGGAUAGCUGUGGGGUCAGUAGGAGUGUUGGGGUAGGCAGGUGAGUGGGCAUGCUCACUAAGGAGAGGCACAGAGGAAGGGCACACUGGCAUGGGGGAUCUCAGAUAGAGAUGUGAAACUCUGCUAAUGUACACGCUCACACACAGGCACACAUAUGAACACGCACACACAAACACACACAAACACACACGCAUGCUCUUUAUUUAAAAUGUGUGUACAUAGUAAAAAUAAAUCAACCAGUAUAUUCAUAAAACAGAAGAGAAUCCAUGAAGUUAACAAAAACUCACACACCCCUUCCUCACUCUGUAACUCACGUCAGUACGCAGGCCUGCCCACCUGGGCAGAUGGUAAUUCCUCAGACUGUUUCGACCUUACUUGGAUCCUUUUUGCUGAGGUCAUAUUUUGUCGUGGGAAAUGGGGGACAGAAAGGGAGAAGAGCAUCCUCAUGCACUCUUUCCCUGUCAAACACUUGACACAGGGCCAACAGUGAGGGAAUAGUUAAAUGAUUAAACGAUAAGAAAAAACAUUAUUCCCGGACACAUGUUCACCACAGCACUGCACAUUUCCUUUGACAGCGUUUCGGACAAGUCAAGUUAAGCUGUUUUUUUUUUUACACAAGGAAAAGGCUAGAUGUGUUGCAGGAACCAAUCAGGCUCCAGACAGGCAGACAGAGGCCCCUCCUCAUUGUAAUACCCCGGAGACCUCCAGCAGAGGCUCCCACAACACCAGCUCUCAUCCCCAGAGCCCUGGAAACAUCAGCCAACCCAGCUCUCCCCACCUCACUCACUCCUCUUCUCUGUCCUCCUUACGUCACAUCUCCUUUCCGCUCUCGUGUUGUGUCGUGUUGUGACGUCUCGUCCCUAUCUAUCAGGCCUGUUAUUGUUAUUAAGAGCCAUUGCCACGGCGAACCACUGGGCUGCUGGGGAGAGAUUGGACGCUUCCUCCUCUGGGUGGGAAAACAGCCUAGGGGCAAUGGAGGGGGGGGGGGGGGGUGAAUUAGGCAGGGAAAUUCAACAAUCACAUGCAAUGUGGCUCUAAUAAGCCUGGGUCUGAAGUGGCGGAUCGGAAACACAGAAGGCAGUUUGAAAGUGUUAAUAGGUACCCACCACCUCAGGCUGCUCCCUCUCUCCUCCCCCUCUCCCUCCAGGGUGCAUUGGCAGCCAUUUUGAUUAGAGGCUGGUAAAGAUGCCCUCUGAUCAUGACAGUUUGCUAUUGUGUAGUGCUGUGACAAGCUAAGUGCUGUAACAAAAAGGCCACCCCCUACAAGCAGAGACAUGAGAGCUCAAGAAGGGAGUGGUGGGGCUCAAUACAAGAUGUCUGACUGGGAGUGCGUGUAAGUGUGUGUUAGUACACUACAUGUCCAAAAGAAUGUGGACACCUGCUCGUCAAAAAUCUAAUUCCAAAAUCAUGUGCAUUAAUAUGGAGCUGGUCCCCCCUUUGCUGCUAUAACAGCCUCCACUCUUCUGGAAAGGCUUUCCACUAGAUGUUGGAACAUUGCUGCGGGGACUUGCUUCCAUUCAGCCAAAAUAUCAUUAGUGAGGUCGGGCACUGAUGUUGGGCGAUUAGGCCUGGCUCGCAGUCGGUGUUCCAAUUAAUCCCAAAGAUGUUCCAUGGGGUUGAGGUCAGGGCUCUCUGCAGGUCAGUCAAGUUCUUCCACACCGAUCUCGACAAACCAUUUCUGCAUGGACCUCGCUUUGUGCACAGGGGCAUUGUCAUGCUGAAACAGGAAAGGGCCUUCCCUAAACAGUUGCCACAAAGCUGGAAGCACAGAAUCAUCUAGAAUGUCAUUGUAUGCUGUAGUUCACUAGACCGAAACAUGAAAAACAGCCCCAGACCAUUAUUCCUCCUCCACCAAACUUUACAGUUGGCACUAUGCAUUCGAGCAGGUAGUGUUCUCCUGGCAUCCGCCAAAUCCAGAUUUGUCAGUCGGACUGCCAGAUGAAGUGAAGUGUGAUUCAUCACUCCAGAGAACGCGUUUCCACUCCUCCAAAGUCCAAUGGCGGCGAGCUUUACACCACUCCAGCCGACGCUUGGCAUUGCGCAUGGUGAUCUUAGGCUUGUGUGUGGCUGCUCGGCCAUGGAAACCAAUUUCAUGACGCUCCCGACAAACAGUUCUUGUGCUGACGUUGCUUCCAAAGGCAGUUUGGAACUCGGUAGUGAGUGUUGCAACCGAGGACAGACGAUUUUUACGCGCUUCAGCACUCGGCGGUCCCGUUCUGUGAGCUUGUGUGGACUACCACUUUGUGGCUGAGCCAUUGUUGCUCCUAGACGUUUCCACUUCACAAUAACAGCACAUACAGCUGACCGGGGCAGCUUUAGCAGGGCAGAAAUUUGACGAACUGACUUGUUGGAAAGGUGGCAUCCUAUGACAGUGCCACGUUGAAAGUCACUGAGCUCUUCAGUAAGGCCAUUCUACUGUCAAUAUUUGUCUAUGGAGAUUGCAUGGCUGUGUGAUGUGAUGCAGACAGCUGCUUACUUAGGGUUGUUUAUCACACGUAGGCCUUGCCGUUAAAGCUCAUCUCUGACUUGUACUCUGUAAAACAAUGAUUACAUUUGCAUGUUUUCCUUGUUUUACCACCCCAACUCCCAUCACCAAGGUCUGACACUUGCAGCAAGCAAUUUGUAGUUUUCAUAAUGAUUUACACCAAAACAUUGAAGAUUGUAUUAUCGCUCAGAUCAUGUUUUAGGUUUAGAGUUGUAGGUUUAUAAAAGCAGUAAACAUUUAUUUUCUACAGUCUACUUUCCUAGAUUUUACUAUCAACCAUCAACAAUUUAGAGGAUCCAGUUUUAGUAAGUGUGGAAUUUUUCAUGUAACUGUGUAGCAUAUUACGUUUGAAUCUAAUGAAAUAAAAUAAACAGUAAAGAUGUGAUGUGAUGUCAUUUCAGGAAGUGCUGUUAAAGAGAUCAGCAGACUUAGUAGAGGCCCUGUAUGGAAUGCCCCACAAUAACCAGGUAUGUCAUCAUAUAGCCCAUUUUCAUUGCUAAAACAUUUAAUUAAAAAAGUGACCAUUCAGAUUUAUAUUCUUAUUUGAUUAUUUUGGUUAAGAGGUAACAAAGUUUCCCAGAGUUUUAAAAUGUUCCUUUUAUUUUCUUUGAUUAUACACAGAUUAAAUUAACAUUCCGUUUAUAUUUCGAGAACAGCCAGGUCACAGAGACCUGGGAAGCCAGGGAAAAACAAUCUGUACAGUAUCUAAAUGUCAGAAGUAGUAGUUCUGUUUAUCUUGAGUCUAUCAUCUGUGAAAAUUCCAAUAUUCAACCCUGAUCCAAUCUGAGUGACCCACCAAAAAUACACUGCCCGAGGCUGUACAUUACAAAACCUUUUUUAUGACCUAAACUCACAAUCACCUAUGGUACUCUCUCUCCACCUUCCCCCUCUCCCUCCCUCCCCCAGGAGAUCAUUCUGAAGCGGGCAGCAGACCUGACCGAGGCCCUGUACAGCGUCCCCCGCAGCCACAACCAGCUGCCCUCGCUCAGUGGCUCGGCCGCCCACUCCGGCAUGAUGGGAGUCAACUCCUUCAGCAGCCAGCUGGCCGUCAACAUCUCUGAGGCCUCGCAGGGGGACCAGGGUGAGUGCUACAACCCCCCACCAUGAUCCCACACCCCACAAUCCUCACCCUGCUCCCUCUGAUCCUCUCACCCCUUCUCUGUGUAUUGGUGUUGCCUGUAGAUAUGUGAUGAUUGCUAGUCUUCUCAAUGUAAGCUUCAUGGCUAUCCUGUAGCCAUACUUUAGUGUCUGUCAGCAGCUCUGCUUUUAGUAGCCAUAUACAUCAGGCCUGGCCCUUUGUGCAUACAUCCACUCAGUGAAACAUUCCCUCAGAUCCAAGCGUGUGUGUGUGUUUGUGUGUGUGUGUGUGUUUGUGUGUGUGUGUGCGGGUGUGUGAGUGUGUGUGUGUGUGGCAGACAGUGACACCAGCUCCCUGUCACUAUUCAUGGAGAGUGUAUGAGAAGGGGAGGUGCUAAUGAGUUCAGAAAUGCAGACGAUGUGGCAUGAAUAAAACAACCAGUUUAGCCACUGAAUACAGACAGCAGCUUGGUCAAGGUUUCAUGGAGCAGUGUGUGUUUGUGUGUCUCUCUUAACAGCAUUGAGUGUGAAUUCACUAUUUAUACACUUCCAAAAAUGCAUAAGCAUGUUAUUAUGUUGUUAUGCAUAUAUUAUAAUGCAAAGCCCCCCACGCAGGCAUGACCACGCACACACACACACACACACACACACACACACACACACACACACACACACACACACACACACACACACACACACACACACACACACACACACACACACACACACACACACACACACACAUACUAUCCUAGAGAGGGCUGUUUCCUUUGACAAAGCAGCUCUAUGACUGAUGCACAAGAAAUAUGUCUGAACGUGUGAUGAACACAUUGGCUCACGUCGGAGUCGAGGAUAUGGAUAGAAAGAGGAAAUGCGAGAGAUCUCUAGAGCUGUUUUCUCUCCUCUGACACCUCAGCAUUCUAGUUCCUCUAUUUCUAUCCCUCCCUCUCUCCCCUCAUCUGCUUUUCACAUCACAUACAAGAGAACACCUACAGGAAUCUAUGAGGUCAUGGGAACAGGACUGCAGCCAUCGUGAAAAUACAUAAUGUCAUAGUUUAUGUCCAUGAUCAUUGGAACAUUACAACCCAGAAUCAGACUAUUUCCCCCUACUGUUGUACAACUAUGAAACGCCUCUUUGUGCUCCUAGAAAUUACGUACUAUGAUUAAAACCUUAAUAUACAGGGCAGAUCAUAUGCCGAGCCUUAUCAAACGCAUGAGGAAUGUAAUUUACUGAAGCAAUUCCAGACCAGCGUUAUGGAUCUGCUUUAGAUCAACAGCAAAAUUGAUUAUAUCAUUUCUCCUCUGGCGUUUGUCUUCAAACUUGCAUCCACUCCACUUGUUUUACUUUACGCUGACAGUUUCCUCUGGAGCGAAUAGGGAUACUACCUUGUGGCACGUCUCGGUCUCAUUGACCUCCAGAGGCUGACCUCGUCAUUGCGUCAGUCAGCGAUUGCUGGAUAGGGUUACUGACUGCUCCCCCUAGGCUUGUCCUUCAUGUCUCACCCCAAUAGUGGAUUGGCGUUGCCUCUCCCCCCGAUACCACCCAUAGCCUUAUGUUGAUUGGCCUUCAUCUAGGAUGUAUUGAAUACCCGUUCUCCCUUCGUUAUAGCCCUCUCCCCUUCACGAGGCACUAGGGCUUGUACUAACCUGGGGGCUUAGUUAGAGACCAGAGAGAAAGGCACACUAUGCCAAGUAGCACAGUGUGCUCACACUUCCUCUCUCUCCUUCUCCCCUUCUCUCCUUCUCCCACACUCUUAGAAAUAAAGGGGCCUGGAACCUUUUGGGUUGCCACCCCGGCGGAACCUUUCCAGUUGAAGAAUGUUCCUUGAGGAACCCCUCUGAAAUGGUUCUUCGAGGAACCCCUGUGUAAAGGUUCAAACCGGAACCUUUUUGUGAUGGGAGGGGUUCAAUUUUGAACCUUUUUAAUAAUAUAUUAUAGAGGUGGCAGCCUAUCAGAUUGGAGGCGUGGCUUUCAGAUAUUUAUUUUUGGUCACCCUUCAGUGUAAAUGUCAUUCCUGUUCAUCAUGUUAAGUUUGUACACUGCAAAUUAAAAUGUUCCUUGAAUAUUUAUGCAUAUUACAUAUUCUAAUAUAAUAUUAAUAAUAUUAACAUAAAGUGGUAACUAUUCCAACCUUGGGAUUUGCAUAGGCUCUUGCGGAACUCAUACACGUGUUAGCCUCAUCGAAGCUACAAAAUUGUCAGUGUUCAACUUUAACAUGUGAUGACAACACAACAAAACAGAUUAACAGGAAUGACAUUUACUCUAUGGGUGGCCCCCCAAAAAACUACUAAGCCACGCCUCCCCUCCAGGGUUCCUCCAGGAACCCGUUGUUACAUUGAACCAUUAAAGGUUCGUCCAAGAAUCCCUUAACUAACCGAAGGUGCAAAUAUGAACCAUGGACUAGCAAUGGUUCCUUGAGGAACUCCAGGGGUUCCUUGAGGAUCUCCAGGGUUCCUCAAGUCACCAAUAAUUCUAAGAGUUCACUCUCCUUGUCCUCCCCGCUCUCACUCUCUCUCCCUUUCCUACUUUCUGGUUUGAGCCAACGCAAUUCCCAGCAGGAGAGCAAUUGAUGGAGCGCUGCCCUGGGAUCAGGGAGAGUGCAGGCAAUGGGAAACACAUGUCAGGAACAACGGUGGAGGGAGUUGCAGCAUGGACAAUCCCUCGCAAAAGCUACACCGUGUCCGAUUCAACUCUGCAAUGCAGAGCAUUGGACAUUUACAAUACGGUUGCAUUUUAAAAAGCCCACCUCUUACCAAAUCGAACAUAUGCUUUAUCGCUUCUGACACAAUAUUUAUUAACCCUCGUUCAGAUUUGAAGUGUAAAGGGAAUUGUGCUCAAACAAUGAGGGGAGAGGGGUGGUUUUAGUUCUGGAGGAGAGCAAUGCAAGUCUUAAUACUUACUAUUAGAAUAGUAGGAAUUGGGUCCAUGCUUUUAGAGAUUGUCAACGGAAGUGUCAAAGCAAAUGGGAUGUUGUUCAAACUGCACGGUUUUGAUGACAUUGGAUUGACCAUAGCAUUUCCUCCUUUCGUCCAGGUUACUCCCGUAACUCCAACAGUGUAUCACCCCGUGGCUACGUCCCCAGCUCCACGCCCCAGCAGUCCAACUACAACACCAUCACGUCCACCAUGAACGGCUACGGAGCGGGCAUGACCAACCUGGGGGUGCCAGGCUCACCCAGCUUCCUCAACGGCUCCGCUGCCAACUCCCCCUACGCAAGUAAGUACAGCCUUAUUUGGUCUCAAUGAUCAUUACUGUAACAAACCAAUGUGGGGGAUCAUUUGGGUAGUUAUAUGUGGUGGGAUAGCAACACACGGUUUCAUUAGGACAGUAGUACUCUGAUUCAGUCCAGGAGGGAUGCAGUGUAUGCUAGCUCUUCUCUUACUUUUCGUUUACACAGUGACUGGUUUAGAUCUGGGGCACCAAGUGUAUGGACUCACAGACUAAAUAAGUGACAUCAGUUUACUAUUGAUCGAUUCAGUGGAGGCAAAGAAACAGAACAUACCUGCAUCCGCUGCCGUUCUGGAGGACUGGUGUUGAGGACUCCUGCUGUAGGAUCUGCAUUGGAAUUCCUCACACACAUCUCAUAGAUGACAUCAUUGGGAUUCCUCAUCUCUCCCUUAGGGCUAGAUCCCUUCAGUUUCUCUGUCCCUGAUCUUUCCUUCACCACUCUAGUGCAAUUAACAUGCUUAGAGUCACGAUUCUGCUCUGAGGUCACAGGUGUCUUGAACUCAAACUGUCAACUGAACUCAAACUGUCAACCUCUGGGACUCUUUGAAUUGCUUAUUGUUUAGGCUACAGCAUCACAGAGCAAAGUCUCCCAAAAUAAAUGCCAGUGUCCCAGUAGUUGUAAAUUCUAGAUACUAAACUGAAAGUGGGUAUUGGUCUGGCACUUGAUGUGGAAGGUUAUGCAUUGUCUACUGAAGGGAAUGGUUGGGUUUGUCUGUCUGUACCAUGCAUUGUAAAAGUCUUCAUCUUCUUUGCCUAUAUCUUGUUCCAUCUCCUUCAUUACUUAACACUACUAACAUACUAACACCCUCAUAGUAUCAUUCAUGCUGUGGGCCAAACCCAUGCAGUUGGAUUAGUAACAAAACAUCUCAACUGUGACGUUACAGAGCAAGAAUAAGUUAAUAGUUCAAUGAAGAUAAAACAAAAUAACAAUUUACAUGUAGGGAUAUUUACAAUUUGCAUUUUGCCAUCCAUUUUAGACGUCCAUUUUGAAUUUCUGUAUUUGUGAGAUAUGAGGCUAAAAGCUGCUUCAGGGUUUCAUACUUUAGUGGAUUCAUAUUUAUUGUGAUAAAAGAUGCAUUAACUCGUAGGUACAGAAACUAACCAAGCCAGUAUGGGGAGAAUGAGGUAUCAAAUACACUGUGCUUUAAAUUAAAUUGCUUCGUUAUCACAGUCAGCAUUUCAUACAUUAACAUUCUACACACAUGCACACACACACACGCACACAUACAUAUAUUUGUUUGUGAACGUGGAUGGAGGUUGCUGCUAUCCUCAAGAACAAGGUAUUGUUUGUGUCAAAGUCUAAAAUAGGCCUUCAAGUUAUGGAUCAACUUGCAAAUAUUGUGCACCUUACUCCGAGCAUGUUACUCCAGACCUUGGCCCUUCUUCAGGCAGGCAUCCAUUCCUCAGCCCCCAUGCAUGCCCUCACUGUACAGCUCAUCUCAGUCCACUCACUCACCAACCUCUGUCUGUCUGUCUUCUCCGUUAGGAUCUACCACCUCCCCCUCCUCCUCCUACUCCUCCUCCUCCUCAAUCCCUCUGUUCUCCGGUGGACCCAUAGGCCCUUAUUCAUUCUCUCCUGUCCAUAUGAUCUCUGCAGUCAAACAGAAGAGCGCCUUCGCCCCUGUCGUGCGGCCACAGACCUCCCCGCCCCCCACCUGCACCACCACCAAUGGCAGCAGCCUACAGGGUGAGCAUCCCGCCCCUCAGUCCCGCCCACUUCUGCCU